CAACUUCGUAUUUUCUCCCUGAAACUAAGUUUCAUCUGAAGAGAUCAAAAUGGUCCCAAAUUACUCUACUGAAGAAACCAUUAAAAGAAUCCAUGUUGACUGCCCUGUUUCGGGAAGGCACAGUUACAUCUACAUUAUGGUUCCAACUGUUUACAGCAUCAUCUUUGUCAUAGGCAUAUUUGGGAACAGCCUGGUCGUUAUUGUCAUUUACUGCUACAUGAAAUUAAAAACAGUAGCCAGCAUCUUUCUUCUAAACCUGGCACUGGCUGACUUGUGUUUUUUAAUCACUCUGCCACUCUGGGCAGCCUACACGGCCAUGGAGUACCAGUGGCCUUUCGGCAACUGCUUGUGUAAGUUAACAUCGGCGGGGAUAAGUUUCAACCUGUACGCCAGCGUGUUCCUCCUCACGUGCCUCAGCAUUGACCGGUACCUGGCCAUAGUACACCCGGUGAAGUCCCGAAUCCGACGCACCAUGUUCGUUGCCAGAAUAACUUGCAUUGCCAUCUGGCUUCUGGCCGGUGUGGCCAGUUUGCCCGUCAUCAUUCACCGGAAUAUCUUCUUUGCGGAGAACUUGAACAUGACAGUCUGCGGUUUUCGGUACGACAACAAUAACACAACGCUCCGGGUUGGGUUAGGUUUAUCCAAAAAUUUACUUGGCUUUUUAAUUCCUUUUCUGAUCAUAUUAACAAGCUACACCUUAAUUUGGAAAACCCUGAAGAAGGCAUAUCAAAUUCAAAAAAACAAGACCAGAAAUGACGAUAUUUUUAAGAUGAUUGUAGCAAUAGUAUUUUUCUUUUUCUUUUCCUGGAUUCCUCAUCAAGUGUUCACUUUUUUGGAUGUAUUAAUUCAAUUACAUGUAAUAACAGACUGCAAGAUCACCGAUAUUGUGGAUACGGCUAUGCCCUUCACCAUCUGCAUCGCUUACUUUAACAACUGUUUGAAUCCCUUUUUUUAUGUGUUUUUUGGAAAAAACUUUAAAAAAUACUUUCUUCAGCUAUUAAAAUACAUUCCACCAAACGUCAGCACACAUCCAAGCCUAACAACAAAAAUGAGCUCGCUCUCAUAUCGGCCACCAGAAACUAUACGCUUGCCCACUAAGAAGACUGCUGGGUCUUUGGAUGCAGAGUGACGUGUUUUGCAGAACACCUUUUUUUUGAACAAAUGCUUGUGAACGAAGCAGCAAGAAUGACAAAACUCAUCUGCAGUCCUGAACAUCACAGCUUACUGCUCAUUACAGAAGCAUCAGAUCACCUCAGAGAAAUCCUACUGUACAGAUUUAGCAGUGGCCUUUUAUUUUACCUUGUGAAGGGGACUGCUUGGGUUUCAUUUUGUUUUUCUUUACUCAAAGCAACAUGGACAGGCACGUCAGAGUUUCUGCCAGCAUCCUGCUGUUACUCAGAACUAC